AUGGGCAGUUUCGGGGCCUUCGGGUCCACCACCCCCUUUGCUGAGCCGCUAUGGUACUCACGGACAGACAACCCAAACUACACAGAUUCCCACAGGCGGCUAAGGCAGGCUAUCCGCCACUAUGUCGACACCGAGAUAGUUCCAUUUGUAUCUGAGUGGGAGGAGAAAGGUGCUGUUCCGCCAAAUGCACUCAAACGCCAUUCCGAUCUAGGAUACACGGCUGUCUCACUCGACCCCUCUGCUCUAGGCAGACACCUUCCUGAGACAACAACGUUGCCAGGUGAUGUCGCUCCAAACGAGUGGGACAGCUUCCAUGAUCUCAUCGCCAUGGAUGAGAUGGCACGCUGUGGGUCGCUGGGGACCAUAUGGGCUUUAGGAUGUGGCAACUCGAUUGGAUGCCCCCCUGUUAUUCAAUUCGGAACUGAAGAACAAAAGUCCAAGUGGCUGCCGCCUGUCGUCCGAGGCGAGGCGAGAUUCUGCUUGGGUUGCACUGAGCCACAGGACGUCGAGUCUGGUCAACUGAUUACGCUGCUGUUAGCUGGAUCUGAUGUUGCUGGCAUUGUGACUACAGCCGAGCAAAAAGGAGAUGUCUUCGUGGUCAAUGGCAUGAAAAAAUGGGUCACUAAUGGCAUGACCGCUGACUACUGUACGGCUGUGGUCCGAACGGGGGGUCCUGGAAAAGAUGGCAUUUCAGUCUUGGUGAUCCCUCUCGACUCGAAGGGCGUCACUCGGAGCGAGAUUCGCAACUCUGGGGUCGAAUUAAGUGGUAAGAUUGAGACUCUAAAUGUGGUGACCAACGUCAAAUAUAAGAACCUGUUGAUUAACGGCUUCAAAGGUUGCGCCACUCUCGGCUUUGAAAACGUGGAGGUACCUACCAAGAACAUAGUUGGCGAGCUGAACCGGGGUUUCCGACUCAUCAUGACAUGUUUCAAUCACGAGCGACUUUGGAUCGCAAGCAACUGCCUUCGUCUGGCUCGAGUAUGCGUUGAGGACGCAUACCAGCAUGCCAUCACCCGCCACACAUUUGGAAAGCCCCUGAUCGAGCGUCAGGUUAUCCGGCUCAAAUUCGCGAAUAUUGGCAUGCAGGUCACAAGUACGUAUGCACUAAUCGAGUCAUUAGUCCAGCUUUGCAACAGAACCCGCUUGCAGGGCGGGGAUGAGGCUGGCACACCCAUCGGCGGCCUAUGCGCACUGACCAAGGUCAAUGCCGCGAGGGCACUCGAGCUCGCAGUGAGAGAAUGUCAGCAGAUCAUGGGUGCAUUGGGAUACACCCGUGGCGGCCCUGGCGACCGCAUCGAGCGAAUUAGUAGAGACAUGCGCGUGCUUGUCAUUGGCGGAGGCAGCGACGAAAUACUGAGUGAGAUGUGUCUCAUGCAGGAAAGCAAAGAUUUGCAGAAAAUUAUGUCAUCGACUCGAACCUAG